AAAGACUUCACGUCAGUUUUCGAAUCAUUCUAAAGUAGAACGUCUGAAAAUAUGACACAGGCACCUUGAUGCGAUGUAUCUUUUUGUUUUAUUACAAAAUGCUUGGCCGUCAAAAAGCAAUCGAACGAAAUGGAUGCCAACCAAAUCAACACAGACCAAUCCAAUACCCACGGGUCAAAAAUAACCCUUCUUCAUGUUGCGGAGCACGCGGGUCAUCCUAGUAAUAAGCUGUUGGGUACAACUAAAAUAGGGAUUUUUAGAAACACACAAAGCUUUCAGUUUCAAAAACUUAAGUAGCCUGAGUACUCGGCAGAGGUGCUGCCGCCCAGGUGACGGUCACCAAGUGACAUCACACCCUGCUGCAAGUGACGUCACCCGCGCGGCCCUGAGUGACGUCACGUGCCGCCCCUGAUGUCGUCGGCGGCGAUGGCGUCCAGCUCUGUCAGCCAGGAGGACAUGGAGAACGACUUUGAGCGCACCUCGCGUCGCUCCCGGAUCCGGAUGGCGCGUGGACGGGAUGUCAGGGGACAGCACCUGACCACAGCUGCCACCAGACUCGCGGCCGACCCGGUGGCCGAAGCGGAGGAUGCCGGCGAGCCACGGCCGCUGGACAUAUCGGGCUACUCGGGAGACCAUGACGCCAGCCCCAAACCGGCCGCCAGAGCCAAGGACAAGCGGCCCGUCAGGCCGAGCCACCCAAACAAGGGGAAGCAGCAGCGGGACCGGGACAGGAGGAAGCUGCGAGAAAAACGGCGCAGCUCUGGGGUCGUCCACAUGCCAUCCACGGAGAUGAGCUCGACAGGUGGCAGCACCAGUGAGGACGAGGAGGUGCCGACAGGCCCGACGGCGGCUGCUGGGGCCGAGGCAAGGCGGCCUCCUCUGCCUGACGCCGAGACGGCUGAGACGGCCGGUGGGCCCGUCCCGACCGUCCCCCGGCCCGACAGACACUUCAAGUCGCCGCGCAGGAACAAAAGUCUGUCUGAUCUGGACGCGGACGAUGAGGACAACAACCAGGACUGCGACUCUCUGGGCCCUCCGGACACUCCGGCUGCCGGAGCCGUGCCGCCACCGUCACCGCCACUGGAGCCGGCCGCCGCCCGACUGCUGCAGCUGGAGGAGGAGAAUAACCGUCUGCGUCAGUUGCUGGCCGAGCGGGACCGCCGGAUCGCCGGCCUGGAGGAGACCGCCGAGAGGGGGGCCCUCGAGCACCACCAGCUGCGCCUGCGUAACGACGCGCUCACCAAGGCCCUGUCGGCGCUCACCGCCAAAUAGGGACUCACUCGCCGCGCUCUCACCGAGGGGAGGCCCCUUCUCACCGAAGGAGCGGGAACGUCUCACCGGGCAGGCAGCGGGGUCUCACUGGAGCAGGAGGGCUCUCACCCGGCACCGGGCGUUUCACGGGGUGCGUCUCACCAGCCAGCAGGCAUUCUCACCUGAGCUGCCUGGCUUCUCACGGGGGAGGGGGGAUGGGAGUCGUUCUACAGUGAUGUGGCAUUUCCACACUGUUGCGACAGAUGCUAGGAAAGGGUAUAGACGGGCUAGGUGAGUCUGCGGGGGGUCGGAUGGGCAGAACAUAGGUAUGGGGUGGUGGGUAUAUAUUGCUGUGUGUGAAUAAUGUCGAGAUUAUGAAAUAGGGAUAUGGUUGGGUGGUACUUAAAGAUGUGCCCAAUGAUGACGCUAAUAUGAAGUCAACAGAUGUAAAAUGUCUGAUGAUGUAAGUAUUAAUUAGUAUUGAAGACAACCGAGCUCGGUAGUGCAGCUUAUUUAUGAUAGUCCUUAUUUUCGUUUUGUUUUUCGUUUCCACUGGAAGAUGUACCGUAGGCUGACCAUUUCACGUAUUCCAUAAUGCGUGGCCUGCUAGCAUUGAUAUCGAGUAGGACUGGCGGUAUUCACGUUUUCCUUUAGAGCUGUCGAGGCUGGUCCGCUAGUAAUGCUGCCCGGGGUUGACUAGCGACUCGUUUGGGUGUUCUUACAUUACCAAGCCUGAUGGCCGUCUGCCCGGCUGGGGUUGUGGUGUAGGAUGACGCCGUGCGUGGGCCGCGGGCAUCAGCGGCCGAGUACAGCGAGUGGUAGUGGAGCGUGUCCUGGCAGCAGGCUGCCGGGGCUCCGUGCCGCCGGACGGCCGGUGGGCCGCCGGGGCUCCGUGCCGCCGGACGGACGGUGGGCUGACCGGCCGUAACGACCCGGGGAGGCGGGACCCCUCGCGGCGUACCCCCCCCCCCCCCCCCCAGCGCGCGCCCAGAGGUGGCGGUGUUACACAGAAGCUAUAUGGCAAUCGCCAGCGCUUCUGGUCGUCUAAAAGCUUUAUGCAGUCUCGUCAUUUUUUAGACCUUUUUGGAUUUAGGCAACGCGAGUCGUUAUUUAAGCUCUUUAGAUCUAGUUAGGAUGCUUUAGUAUUCUGAUGUAGUUAGCUUGCUUAAUGAGGGAGACGCUUCUUUUUGUUGUCGGUUUAUAUGCGACACCUUUCCGAAAUAACAUUCACAUGCAUGGAUGUUAAUAAUGUGAGGCAUAAUCUGGUAUUAUUUUCUUGGGAUAGGUAUGCAUACUUUGGUCUUUCAUUAUCAUCUGACAUUGUCAUGUUUGACUAUGUAUAACUCAUGUUCAGUCGCUUAAUUCCUACUGCGCCCUAAAUGGGUCCAUAAUAGACUGUACUUACAUGUCAGCUAAAAGCUUUUAACUCGGUGAGGAUCCAUCGAUUGUUAAACUGGCAUCAUUUAUUAGCCGCGGGCAUUUGAAAUAUGAGUACAGUUUAAAGCUGUCAGGUUCCUGUCAACGUGAGCGGUGAUGUGCGGAAAAUGUAAGACCCUGUAUCAUUGUUUCAGAUGUUAUGCUCUCAAUAAAAAGCGCAUUCUCA